AUGGCUACGUUAUUGAGAUUUCGCUUUUCAAAAAUAGCAAUUACUUGUGACGGAAGCCAAGCAUUUCUACAGCUGCUACUAUCAGACGAAGACAGAGACGCAACACGAUUUCUUUGGUACAAGACAACAUAUACUGAUGGAAAACUCUGCAUAAAAGAUGAAACUGUAAUUUACCGAUUCACACGUCUUCCCGUCGGACUCACUUCAAGUCCAUUUUUAUUAUCAGCUUCUCUUUGUGAAUUGGCUACAAUGUACGAGCAAACGUAUCCUACUGCAACUAAACACAUUAAGAAUAAGAUCUAUAUGGAUGAUUUUGUCAUAGGGACAUCUUCAGAUACUGAAGCUACAAUUCUGUAUCAAGAAAUGCAGCAACUUACAUCACAUAUUAGCCUACCAUUUGCCAAAUGGACUACAAAUUCUAAGAUUUUGCAAGAGGUGUGGAAACAAGAAAACGUUCCAUUUAAAAUAUUACGCAGGUCUUAG